GUCUGAGCGUGCGCGAAUACGCGCACCCGGGGAGGGGGAAAAAAGGCACACGAGGAGGGGAAGCCGUGAGACGGGGCUGGAGGAACGGAACUGAACGCAAGGGAGGUGAAGCAGGAGCCCGCCGUGCGAUCAGAGCCGUGAAAUGGCGGAGGAUAAAGCCAAGGGGGAAAACGUGAAAAGCGAAGGAAAUGACCACAGGAAUGAUCAUGUUAACCUGAAGGUGGCUGGUCAAGAUGGGUCAGUUGUACAGUUCAAGAUAAAGAAGCAGACACCAUUGAGUAAACUGAUGAAAGCAUACUGUGAGCGACAGGGCUUGCAGAUCAGACAGAUCAGGUUUCGCUUUGAUGGGCAGCCGAUAAAUGAAACUGAUACACCAGCUAUGUUGGAAAUGGAAGAUGAAGACACCAUUGAUGUAUUCCAGCAGCAGACGGGUGGACUCUGCUAACCUCAGUAAUUUAAUGUAAAUAAUGUUCCACACAAUGUACAUGUUCUUCAAACAUGCUGUAUUUUACUCUAUUCUGAACAAUUUGCAAAAUUUGGGGAUUUGAGGUGUUAGAAGUUGUUUAAGGAGCUGUGUGUCAUCUUUGCAAUAAAUUUGCUUUUUUUUUGCAUUGUUUUACUUUCUGGAAGCAUUUUGUUUUCUUUGUAUUUUGGAUUAAUCUCAAUAAAGUUGAUCUUGUAUGUACAAUGUU